AUGACAAAAAGGAAAUCUUGCCGAUGUACGCAUGCUUGUAAGCAGGACGUCUAUACUACCACGUAUUCAGCCGCCAAAUGGCCAUCGAAAAGUGUUCGGAUGGAAUGCGCUGAAAAGGAUUGCAAUUCGUACUAUAGUGAGCAUGCUGCUAUGCUGGAAAUCUAUUAUGAACAGAUGAGCUAUGAGGUGCUUCGAGAAUCUGAGUCAUAUUCAUUUGUUAACCUGAUUUCUGACAUUGGAGGACAAAUGGGAUUAUGGCUGGGGGCAUCAGUUUUAACAGCUAUCGAAAUCCUCAUUUUUCUCAUCAGCGUUGUGUCUAUUGCCCUUGGCACUCAUCUGAAGUAUUUCGAUAAGGCGAAUUCAGAGAAAGGUGCAGGGAAGAAGUCACAGGAAGAAGACGUAAAUCGAAAAGCAUCGGAAAAAAGCAUGUACGAAACUGAGUAA